AUGUUUAAUAGACUUGAUGAUUAUUCUAAUGUGGAAUUCGAUUGGAAAAUUGAUCCUGCUUCAUAUUUAACAAUGGAUGCAGAUGUAUUUGGAAAUUAUAAUAUUUUAUUAAAUGGACACGCUCAUACCACUUAUUCCGAUGCUUAUGGAUUUAAUGCUGUCAUUGUAAGUGAUCAUAAUACUUUAGAAGGUGGACUAGAAGCUCAAAGAAUUGCUCGGGAGAAAUAUAAUGAUUCAAUUAUUGUCAUGUCGGAUACACAUGCAAUUCAUUGGUCUUAUGAACUUAAAGAAAUGAUUGAUAAAGUUCAUGAAUUAGGUGGAUUGGUUACGGUUAAUCAUAUUCCCUGGAGUAAUAGUACAGAAUGGAAAAAUCAUGUUGGUACUUUGCCUAAUCAUCCAACUCGAGAAGAACUUCAUGAAAUGGGAGUUGACGGAUUUGAAAUAAUUAAUGGAAAUAUAUUUGAUUAUGAAACUUAUAAAUAUGCUAGGGAUAAAGUUUUAUUAAUGAUUACAGGAACAGAUGUACAUCAUCCAUCAUCAGUAGCACAUUCAUGGACAGUUUUAAAUUCACAAAAUAUGACAGUUCAAGGAAUAAUGAAAGAAUUACGUGAAAAAAGAACAACAUUUUUCUUUGAUGCAACUGGACCAAGACAAGUUUAUUAUCCUAAUGAAAAUCCAACAUAUUAUAAAUUAUUACCAUUAUUUGCUAUAACUGAUAUAUGGAAUUCAUUUUAUGAUGAUUAUCGAGGAAUGUAUUCAUUUCAAGGAACAUUUUGUCAUCAACGUAAAGUUGUGAUACAUUGGAGAAGUUAUUGGUGGUUUGUAUUAUGGUGUUUAAUAUUUUUUGGAUUUUAUGAAUUAGGAAGAUGGGGAAUUAAUAAAUUGUGGAGAUAUGGAAUUAUAAAAUUUAAUGAAUUAAAAAAUCGAAAAAGAGGAAAUAGAAGAAGACGAAAUAAUUCAGUUUCUUCGGAAGAAGAAAUUAAUCGACAAAACGAUUUAAUAGAUUUGGAAAUUUAA